CACCGAGGGGGUAAAGCAGCUUCUAAAGGAAACCUUCUGUGAUAAGCACGACAGGGAUCCGGGAGAAAGGAGCGAGAAGGCGAGGCUGGCGGAGGGACACUGAGGCUCUUUCGCCGAGUGCGCAUGCGCGCGUGCAGGAACGAGUUCCGGUCUGGCCCGGGCCUGUCUCCUAAAAAUAGCCCCGGUGUGGGGAUCCGUGCGCGGAUGUCCCGGCGAGUCCCGGGCUGAAGGAGGCGUCUCCGGGCGACGCAGAGCGCUGGUGGCGGGUCCUGGCUGCAGCGUGUGUACGCCCGCCAGCUGCUCCGGAGACACGGGAAUUGCAUUUUGUGAAAAAGAAACACAGGAGGAUUUUCUGCAAGGAUCGUAUCUAAGUGCACUUUUUGUUGAAACAUCAUUUCUAAUCCUGUAGAAAAUUUCAGCUGUAGCCCUUGGACAAGGAGUUGAAAUAAUAGAAGCUGUGUACGAUGCAUUAGGGUAUUGAAGAAAAUUAAUUUUUGAAUUAAAUAUUUGGAAUAUAAGGAAGGAAAGGUGACUGAAAAUGGGGCGGAAGAAAAUACAAAUCACACGCAUAAUGGAUGAAAGGAACCGACAGGUCACCUUCACAAAGAGGAAGUUUGGGUUAAUGAAGAAAGCCUACGAGCUCAGCGUGCUCUGUGACUGUGAAAUAGCGCUCAUCAUCUUCAACAGCUCCAACAAGCUGUUCCAGUACGCCAGCACCGACAUGGACAAGGUGCUCCUCAAGUACACCGAGUACAACGAGCCGCACGAGAGCAGGACCAACUCGGACAUUGUCGAGGCGCUCAACAAGAAGGAGCACCGAGGGUGCGACAGCCCAGACCCUGACACUUCCUAUGUGCUCACUCCGCACACAGAAGAGAAGUAUAAAAAAAUUAAUGAGGAGUUUGAUAAUAUGAUGCGGAAUCAUAAAAUCGCACCCGGUUUGCCACCUCAGAACUUCUCGAUGUCUGUCACAGUCCCUGUGAGCAGCCCCAGUGCUCUGUCCUACACGAACCCAGGGAGUUCCCUCGUGUCCCCAUCUCUGGCAGCCAGCUCCGCGUUAGCGGACUCAAGCAUGCUCUCUCCGCCUCAGGCCGCGCUGCACAGAAACGUGUCCCCUGGCGCCCCUCAGAGACCACCGAGCACCGGCAGUGCGGGUGGGAUGCUGAGCGCUGCAGACCUCACGGUGCCAAAUGGAGCUGGAAGCAGCCCAGUUGGGAAUGGAUUCGUAAACUCAAGAGCUUCUCCAAAUCUGAUUGGAACUACUGGUGCAAACAGCGUGGGCAAAGUCAUGCCCACAAAGUCGCCCCCUCCUCCGGGCGGCGGCAACCUGGCCAUGAACAGCCGGAAGCCAGACCUCCGCGUGGUCAUCCCUCCGUCCAGCAAGGGCAUGAUGCCGCCACUGUCGGAGGAAGAGGAAUUGGAGUUGAACCCCCAGAGGAUCAGCAGUUCUCAGGCCGCGCAGCCCCUGGCCACCCCGGUCGUGUCCGUGGCGACGCCCAGCCUGCCCCCGCAGGGGCUCGUGUACUCGGCCAUGCCGACCGCCUACAACACUGAUUACUCGCUGACGAGCGCAGACCUGUCGGCCCUGCAAGGCUUCGGCUCCCCGGGGAUGCUGUCUCUGGGGCAGGUGUCGGCCUGGCAGCAGCACCAUCUGGGGCAGGCCGCCCUCAGCUCGCUGGUCUCUGGAGGGCAGUUAUCUCAGGGUUCGAACUUGUCCAUCAACACCAACCAAAACAUCAACAUCAAGUCAGAGCCGAUUUCACCUCCCCGGGAUCGCGUGACCCCGUCAGGCUUCCAGCAGCCGCAGCAGCAGCCGCCACCACCGCCGCCACCUUCACAAGCCCCGCAGCCCCGGCAGGAAGUGGGGCGCUCGCCCGUGGACAGCCUGAGCAGCUCGAGCAGCUCCUACGACGGCAGUGACCGGGAGGAUCCGCGGGGGGACUUCCACUCGCCCAUUGUGCUCAGCCGGCCCCCGAACGCCGAGGACAGAGAGAGCCCUUCUGUGAAGCGGAUGCGCAUGGACGCCUGGGUGACCUAAGGCCGCCGGGCCGGUGGCUGGUACUGUGUUACUGCAGUGAGCUGCCCGCCGUAGCUAAGGGGGUUGGUGCGGACACGAGGUAAAUAUAUUUAUAUGUACAUACAUACAUAUCUGCCCUUCACGUAUGUAUGUAUGUGGGUGUGAGUGUGUGCGUGGGUGUGUGUUGCAUUCGCAGAGUCAGGUGCGCGUCCCCGGCAGAGCAGGCGCCUGUAGGCAGAGUCUAGUCUGGCGUCUCCCCGGGCUCCGCGUUCGCGCGACGCCCAGUUUUUGCGGAGAAACGUGUGCCCGUAGGUCACCCUCCCACACUAGCUUGCGGAAGCCUCGAGGGCCCUCCCUGUCGUAUUUACCUGUGCGGUGACUGUAGUGCUGCGGAGAAGUGCUUUGUAGACCAGAGCAGUAGGAAAGCAGGAACCGAGAAAGCAAUACUGUACAUAAAACGUCAUUUAUAUUAACCACCCAACCUGGCAUGGGUCUCUUUUGCAAAGGGGUGCAUGGUAAAGGGCUGUCGAUAGUACAAAACAAAAAAGCCCCACACGUAACUGUUUUGCACGUGCAAAAAUGUAUUGGGUCAAAAAAGUGAUCUUUAGCUAAUAAAAGAGAGAAAACACGCAUGAGAUUUUCAGAAAAUACUAGCCUAGAAAUAUAGAGCAUUAACAAAAUAAAUUAAUAUAUUAAGUUAUAAUUGGAAUAUGUCAGAAGUUUCUUUUUACAUUCGUAUCUUAAAAAAUAAACUGAUUUUAGCUCAUGUAUAUUUUAUAUGAAAGAAAACACCCUUAUGAAUUGAUGACUAUAUAUAAAAUUAUAUUCACUACUUUUGAAACAUUCUGCUAUGAAUUAUUUAUAUAAGCCAAAGCUGUAUGUUUUAACUUUUUUUUAAGAGACUAGCUUUAUCUUGUUUUAACUUUUUAGUUUUAUUCUAAGAGGGGAAAAAAUAUCUUGCAAGCAGAACCUUGGAAAAAAAAAGCCAUGAACACUUACUAUUCUAUAUAUAAAUUAAAAGUUGAGCCAAACGUUCUGUAAAUAGCAUCUUAAAUAUAUUAUCACCUUUGAUGUAAGUACCUAUGUAUUGUAUGGUCACCAGAUUAAAAAGUAUAUUUUUGUGGAUUUGCCGCCAAUCUGGGGGGGAGGCGAGAUCCCUGUUGAGUAUUCACUGUUCGAUAUUUACUAUUUUGUUAAAUAUACUGUACUUCGGAUUUUCAUUAUUAGCCCAGUCCUUCCGGGGUUGUGUACGGGCCCUCCCUGGUGGUGAGUGUGUGGUGUUGCCUUGUAAUCUUUGUGCUGUAUGGAUUGAGCAUCAUUAUAUAUUUUAUAUGUGUGCAUAAAUAGCAAAGUGGCAAAAAAAAAUGGGUGUUAAGUUCAUCCUGCAUAAAUAUACAGUGUGUUGUAGCAGGUUUUGUGAGGCAUUACUGAAACCUUGCCUUCUGUGAGGAAGCACUAGCAGCAGAGGCUGACCCGGCACUAGCGAAGACGGCCAGCCAGAUGAGCACAAAGGUUCCAGCGUGGCAAACGACGGGGGCCUCUCGGGGCGGGGACCUCUUCCUCCCCGCCUCUGAGGGGGGAGGGUACGAGCCCUCAGCUCCCACCCCACCAAGGCCUUACUUAUGCUUGCAGGGGGGCAGCGGGGCGUCCCUGGUCUGGGCUUGUGCCACGCGCAGAGUUCAAAGUCCUGCAGAUCUUCUACCACAGAUUUUUAAGUACUACUUUUCCUGAGAAACUCCAAGAGAGUGAGGGUUUAAAAAUGCUGCUAUUUUAUAUUUUACACUUAACAGUGAGCAGCUGCCUACACUUUGUACUUGCGUUUUGUUUUCCCCCUAAAUUGCAUCCCUUUUGGGGCUUCCCUUAGGUGCUCUCCGUGACAGGUCACCAGGCAGGUUCUCUGAGCGGCACCUGGGCGGGAGCCGCCGGCAGCUGCAGAGCGGGGUCCCUCCAGGGACAGUGAGGGCAGGGCAGCCGGCAGGGGGCGCACCAGCGCAGACACCCCUCACUCACCGAGGACUCGCUUUUAGGACGUCCCCACCUUUCUGAACGGCUUCCUCGCAGGCACACUUCUUCGCAGUCGCACCCACCGAGCCGGAACCAGGCCGGCUCCCGGCACCCAACUUCCAAGACGACCCUCACCGCACGCACCCGCCCGCCCGCAGCUCUGCAAGUGUUCAGUGACCUUCCGUUGUUGCUUCUGCAUGUUCCUGACCUUCUGCUGUCCACGGGCAUGGGAGUGGACACCGUCACAUUUACUGUCUAUUUUCUUGUGUGCCUUAAGAGAUGGCUUUUCCGACUGUGUCUCAAUAGUCUUUCUUUCUAUGCAGGUUUCUAAUCAGUACAACUACUGUUUUCUAAAAUAACCUCGCACAAGGCUCGGAGUUUGUAUUUCAAUCUCACUGACCAAGUAACAAUGUGCUCCGUUCUCGGGAACCGAGUGUCCGACUGUUAGCCCUUCUCCCACACGCGCAGGGACCCCGAGCACACGGGCUCGGCAGGCAGCCCCCCCCCCCCCCCACCUCGGCCGCACGCACGGACGCACAUACUCAGCCCCGGUGCGCGCGGCUCAGACCGGCGGAGGCGCUGGCGGGCUCCCUAGAACCUCCAUCUCACACCCUCUCACACGAAGUGUUUUGUAUGACACCAUCAUAAGAAAAAUGCAUCCAUGCAGAUGAAGUAUUUUAUUACUAAAAGACAAAAACAAAAAAAGCUUAGCGUGAAUUGCACUGGUUACAGCACGGUUCCCGACAGCUGUGCUUCCCUGCGGACCCUGACGGCGGAGGGAGACGCCCCCCACCCCCAGGCCUGCAGGCGGUCCCGCCCCAAACUCCAUCCCGUGAGCCCCCAUUCCGUCCAUUGUGUUCGAGACCCGAUCAGGGGUUUGCUCUGAAGGGAACCAUCUGUCUCACCAUUUCCUCUCGCCAGAGGGACAGCUAACAGAGCACCCACAUGUUUUCUGUAUCGACCAUCACGCGCACAAGAAAUACAUAGUAAAUAGGGAAGCAGAAACUCCUGGCAUUGGAUCCUAGGAAGCUAGAUGAUUAUUAGAAUGUGAACAAGAUUUUACAAAUGUACAACUUUCCUUUCUCUGUAGAAACUUUCUUCACUUUGCUGUGCAAGAAGACACUGCUUUGCUAUAUUUAAAAUGGCUUUUUUAAAAGAGAUUUAUGUAUUUGGUAAAUGUUUGUAGUCAACAGUUCACACAAGAAGCUGUACGCGGUUUGCCACGUGAAACCGUUUGGCGGCACAAGCUGGACUUUGUUGCCAUCCCUGAGAUGAAAACUAAGUUAAUCUCGACUUCUCCCUGCUGUGUUGUUUUUUCUUCAUUAUACAAUAAAUAUGAUAGUGAACUUUUUAUCAAAUGGAUAAGAAAAUGCUAGAGGUUGUUGUAAACUAUUUGUAUCCUGCACUCACUACAGUAAAGACAGACUGGCUUUUCCUGUGUA